GUCCACAAAGUCAUUCCCGCGUGAAAGCAUUACCUAAUAAUUCCAUCUUUCUGUUUACUUAGCCCAGAAGCAAUCUUCAUCUUCACCUCUCUCACACGCUCUCUCUGUUAGUUGCUUCUUCACAAACUGCACUAAAAAUUUAAACAUGGGAGUUUGUUUGAGCGCUCAAGUUAAAACUGAACUUCCUUGUAACACUGGGUUAAAUUCAAACAAUAAGGUUUCCGCUGUAUCAGUGCCUCCGACCGCUCAAAGUGAGGGUGAGAUCUUGCCGUCAUCCACUUUAAAGAGCUAUACCUAUGCAGAACUCUCGACAGCCACUGGAAAUUUUUUUCCAGACAAUGUGUUAGGAGAAGGUAGUUUUGGAGCAGUUUUUAAGGGUUGGAUUGAUGAGAAUUCAUUUUCUGCUGCCAAACCUGGCAUUGGCAUUGUUAUUGCUAUCAAAAGCCUUAAUCAAGAAAGCUUCCGAAGUCACAGGGAGUGGUUGGCUGAAGUAAACUACCAUGGAAGGUUUUCUCAUCCUCAUUUAGUGAGAUUGAUCGGUUAUUGCCUUGAAAAUGAACACCGUCUUCUCGUCUAUGAGUUUAUGCCUCGUGGAAGCUUGGAGAAUCACUUGUUCAGGAGAGGAUCAUAUUUCCAACCUCUUUCAUGGAGCCUCCGUCUGAAGGUUGCUCUUGACGCUGCCAAAGGGCUUGCAUUUCUGCACAGUGCUGAAAAUAAAGUGAUAUAUAGAGAUUUUAAGACUUCAAAUGUCUUGUUGGAUUCUGAUUAUAAUGCAAAGCUUUCUGAUUUUGGGCUGGCAAGGGAUGGUCCAACAGGUGACAAAAGUCACAUCUUCACCAACACGUUAGUAGGAAAUAAUGGAUAUGCAGCUCCUGAAUAUGUAGAUUCAGGUCUUCUUACUACGAAGAGUGAUGUCUAUAGUUUUGGAGUUGUCCUGCUUGAAAUGGUAUGUGGUAGGAGGGUAAUUGACAAUAAUAAACCAUAUGGAGAACACAACUUGGUCCAAUGGGCUAAACCGUAUCUCACCGACAAACGCAAGGUUUUGAGGGUGUUAGACAGUCGGCUUGAAGGGCAGUGUUCAUCGGUUGAAGCCUAUAAGGUAACCUCCCUUUCUUUGAAAUGCCUAUCAGAAAAAUCCUCCAGGCCUAACAUGGAUGAAGUUGUUAGCACUUUGGAGCAGCUGGUGCACAAACUUCAAACAAGGCAGAACUGACUGUCCUGUGGCCGGACUAUAAAAAGUACAAUGCAUGAUUUGCCCGUGAUCUUGUCCAUGAAUACAGGCACCUCUGUAGCUAAUAUUAUUUAGAACCAAGCUUCUCUUAACAUUUCUACCUGAGAUUGCCGAUGUCCAGCGACAAAUAAUAUCGAGUGUAAUACGAGUUCUGUCAAGUGGUUGUAACUAGUAAAAGUAACUGGGAAGGGAAGGUAGCGAGGCGUGUACUUUUGUAUAACUGCUAUGAAUGAUUGGCUCAUUUUUGUCAUAGUCUGUAUUGGGGUGGUGUGGUUUCUCCUAAAUUAUUUUGUAACAUAUGAUUGCUAUAGUACUAAAUGCAUUUGAAGGCUGAUGCUAUAUUCUGUUA